GUUCGUGACAUCUAUUUGCACGAUUCCGUGGAUAUAACAAGCACGAAAAAAAGAAAAAAGAAUUCAUUGUCACGGGAACAAUGGACCCGAAAGAUUUGGAAAUUGUUGGAAUUAUAGCAUUCGAUGGUACAGUGCAGAGCGGACUUCAGGUUCACCCUGAUGAGAAGCACAUACUGUACCCCAUGGGAACGAAAAUCACAGUGAAAAACAUUGAUACAGGAAAGCAGACAUUUUUAACCGGCCACACGAACGUGAUUUCCGCUCUGAGCGUUUCUCCGUGCGGCAAAUUCAUCGGAUCGGGACAAUUGACGUAUUUAGGAUUCAAGGCGACUGUCAUUAUUUGGGAUUACGAAAGCAAGAGUAUAAAAGGACGUCAUGAAAUUCACAAAGUGAGCGUCGAGAAUUUGUGCUUUACCUGCGAGAGCAACUAUCUCGUAAGCCUCGGUGGCAAGGACGAUGGAAAUGUCGUAAUUUGGGACGUUUUCAACAACGAAGCCAUUUGUGGUUCCGUGGCAAGUAAUGAAACUGCUGGGAAUGCUUUCACGAUUGCACGCAUGAACAUUCGUGAUCAAUGCUUCAUCACCGGUGGAGAUACAACUUUGAAGGUCUGGCGGAUAAAUCCUGAGACGAGAAAGGUUUUCGGUGUUAAUGUCAAAGUUGGAAAACUCAGGCGCACUGUAAACUGCAUUGUUGUUGAUACCCGGGAUGAGAUGGCUUAUUGUGGCACGUCUUCUGGAGAUAUCAUCAAAGCAAGAUUGAACUACUAUCACAAUUUGGAUAUUAUGGAGCCGGUCCAAUCACCAAUAAUGGUCGGUUGCUACUCAAAAAUUCCAAAGGAACCAAAAAAAUUGAAAGACGGUGAGGGUCAGCUGUAUUCCGGCGGAGUGACAAGUCUUCUCCUGUUGGACGAUGACAAACUGGUCGUCGGUGCUGGUGACGGGAGCGUCGAGAGUGUCGAAAUAGUCGAAGGAUCUUUCAAUUUUUCUGGCAAAUCAGUCAAGUUGCCCAGUACACCGCAAAUUCGUGUUCAUGCUACCGAAUACGUCAAAAGUGCAGUUACUUCAAUGUUGCUGUACGACACGAACUCGGUACUUGUAGGAACCGCUGCUUGUGAUAUUUAUCUAAUAAACUUAUCGGAUUUUGAUACUCGGCUCAUAGUCACUUGUCACAGAAAUACGAUCUACGACAUAGCUUUCCCGAGUGGUUUCUCCGAAAUAUUUGCAACCGGAUGUAAAAACGACAUAAGAUUGUGGCAUCUGGAAUCCCACAGAGAAUUGCUACGAAUAACCGUUCCAAAUUUUGUCUGUACGAAUUUGUGCUUCACUCAAAACGGCAAAAGUCUCAUCUCCGCCUGGAACGACGGAAUCGUGAGGGCUUUCAAGCCGACAAAUGGCCAGCUCAUAUUCGCCAUUAACAACGCUCAUAUUAAGGCUGUUUCCGCAAUAUGCGUAACGAGGGAUGGGACACGCCUCGUCACCGGUGGCUGCGACGGACAGGUGCGUAUUUGGAGCUUGUUUCCGGAAGUACAGCGACUAGAGAGCAUCAUGAAGGAACAUCGGGGCCCCGUGACGUCAUUGCAAAUGUCAUCGAAUGAUACCGAAGCCAUAAGUUCCAGUACUGACGGUAUUUGUAUCAUCUGGGACAUAAAUCGUUGUCUAAGGAAACAGGUACUAAUGGGAAACACGAUGUUCAUGUCGGCUCGAUUCAGUCCAAACGGUGUACAGGUACUGACCUGUGGGACCGAUCGUAAAAUUGCUUAUUGGGAAACCCUCGACGGAUCAUUGAUACGCGAACUGGAAGGUUCAUCGGCCGGUGGAUUGAACUGUCUGGAUACGAGUCCUGAUGGCCGUUACUUCGUGACUGGCUCGAAUGAUUGUAUCGUUAAAAUUUGGGAGUACAACAGAGGGGAUACGACUCAUAUUGGUCUUGGACACGCGGCUAUUAUAACCGCUUGCAAAUUCAGUCCAGACAGCAAACAUAUCGUAACCGUAAGUGCGGACGGUGCUAUCAUGAUAUGGAAGUGCCCGUUCGAAGCUAAAUUCGAUGACCCCCCUGCCACACCAAGAUCACUCUCAACGUGCAGUCUUCGUGAAGAAGAAUGGAGAAAAUUACAUCUUCGUGAAAUGGAUAGGGACAGUGUCGCUAAUUUGAGCGGACGAUCCAAUCUCGCAGAGAGCGUACGAACUGUGCAUGAGAAUAAAAGCAAGGUGAACCUGUGCACGUAUGACCCAGCAAAGCCGAAACGAGGUGCUUGUCAAUGCCACUACGACGAGGAAAAAGAGUUAGCGAGCGAAAAGGGCACUCACAGAUCCGACAAAUCUUCUGGGAAAGCACACGGAGAUUCAAGUCGAAGUAAAAAAUCAUCCAGCAGUACUAGCAGCAGUAAGGGCAGCAGUAAAAGUCGCAGUUCGCAGAGUACAGGGUCAAGAGCUAGUGAUGGUUCUAAGAAACAUGAUAAAGCUUCUACCAAGGCACCUGAAACUCCAAAACUCAAUUUUACUGGUACCGGUACACCAGGGCCUGCCAAAAAUCCCUUAGAGAACCUCGAGUAAUCAAAAC